CCGUCUCCACAUCCCGCUAGAUGAUGUGUGAAUCUCUUCAGCGGGUGGUUGGACUUGCCACCUGUCAGGAAUGGUAAAACAGGCUUCAUCGCUGAACACUGAGCCGACCUCUCCCACUGUUUCGUUGGAAAACGUUCAUGUUUUUGUGCAGGAUCGCCUGCGCCAGUGAAAUAAACACGGACAACUUUGUCUGACCGGCUGCGCAGGGGAAAGUGAGCCACACGCAUAAACUGGCAGUGGUGAGAUUAUAAACGGAGUCUCUGAGCGCCCGGGAGGCUCCGACCCCUCUCGCUUUGAAGAUUAGAGGGUUGACGACGUCUGAAGGACACUAAGAACAGGAUUAGGUAUUGUGCAGUCUAACCUACUUCUCAUCACUCCUACAUCCUGUCCUCUGAAUAUUUGCGCAAUGACCUUUGGUGCACUUGGAAUACAGCGGGUGCGCCCCUGAGGUGUGUGUGUGUGCGUUUGACUAAAGGGCAAGAUGUGGUGUGAUCACAGGAACUCAAAUCAGGUGGGCAGGCAAUAAGGCUUGACAGAAGAUGCAACGGGGGUGGUGGCUCGUCAGAUGGCUCGGGACAGGAAUGGCAAUCCUCUCUUUGCUAACCCACAGCUGGGGCCAGGACACAGAAGACUGGCAGUAUGAGGAGUGUAAGCUGUCCAGACCAGGGCCCCCUGCAACCAUAGUGACCAUUGAUGAGGAGAGUCCCAAUGGUACAGUUUUGGUGGAAAACAUGCAGAUAAAUGGCCGUGCCCAAGACCCAGGCAGAACAAUAUCACUGACAUUGCUGGACAACUAUAACUACUGGGUGAUACUGGAACCAGCACGACAGAGACUCUACCUAAACAGCACUGGACGUGUCCUGGACAGAGAUCCCCCAAACUACAUCACCACAAUUGUGGUGCAGGUCCAGUGCACCAAUGAGCUGGUCGGCACUGUCAUUUUCCAUGAAGUACGGAUUGUUGUGAGGGAUCUGAAUGACAACACCCCUCACUUUCAGCAGCCUCGUUACUAUGUUGCAGUAAACGAGCUCACACCAGUUGGAACGACCAUUUUCACUGGCUUCUCAGGAAAUAAUGGCGCUACGGACAUUGAUGAUGGACCAAAUGGACAUAUAGAAUACAGCAUCCUUUACAACCCCAAUGACCCGGCCUCUAACAGAACAGUGAGUGUCGCAAACACCCUUUCAGGACACAUUACUCUGGCGGAGAGACUAAACUAUGAGGAAAGAACUCGCUACCUGGUUUUGGUCCAAGCCAAUGACCGUGCUCCAUACCCCCCCAACAGGCGAACGGCUACCACAACUCUGACUGUGGACGUUCUGGAUGGAGACGACCUGGGCCCCAUGUUCCUGCCUUGUGUUUUGGUGAACAACACCCGUGACUGCAAUCCCCUCACCUACCGUGUUGCUAUCCCUGAAUUCACUGAACCGAGCAAACUGAACCCACUGAAUGUGACCCCUCCAAUCCGGGCCGUGGACAUGGACAGAAACAUACAGCCGCCAUCAGACAGGCCUGGCAUUCUUUACUACAUCCUGGUUGGUCAUCCAGUCACAUACUCAGAGUAUUUCACCCUGAACAGAACCACUGCAGAGCUGCGUGUUCUGCAGCCUAUCAGCAGGGACUUGUAUCAAAGGUUCACGCUCAUCCUCAAGGCUGAGCAGGACAACGGUCACCCGCUCCCAGCAUAUGCUGACCUCAUUAUCGAGAUCCUGGAUGAGAACAACCAGGCACCAUAUUUCCAGUUUGCCACCUAUCAGGGCUACGUGAGUGAGUCCUCCCCAGUGGGUACAACUAUCUCAGUCAGCGCCAACCUUACUGCCCCCCUGGGAAUCAUCGCUUUGGAUAAUGACAUUGAGGAGACGAAAGACCCCAUGGUGAAGAUUACCCUGGAUGACUACACUACGAUCUUCAGCCUGACCCCAACUGGGAUAAUACGCUACCUGACGCUCCUCAAACCUGUGGAUCGGGAGAAGCAGAUGGCUUAUACUUUCACGAUGGUGGCAUCAGAUGGCGUCCAGCAGAGUAGCCCAGUAACUGUCAACAUACUGGUCAUUGAUGCCAAUGACAAUACACCCACGUUUGCAGAGGUCUCCUACAGCGUUGAAGUCUUCACAGACAUGCAGCCAGGAGAGACUGUACUACAGUUAACAGCAGCAGAUGCUGAUGAGGGACUGAAUGGUCUGGUGACCUAUGAGAUACUGGCUGGGGCCCAGAAUGACUUUGUCAUUAGUAAUCGCACUGGACGCAUCACAGUGGCGCCUGGUGUCACUUUAACCGUGGGACGAUCUUAUGCACUGACUGUCAAGGCAUCUGACAAUGCACCAGAGAUCCAGAGAAGGAGCUCCAUCACUACAGUGUACAUUGAGGUUUUGCCACCCAACAACCAGAGUCCCCCACGGUUCCCUCUCCUCACCUAUGGCCUGGAAAUCAGUGAAGCCAUGAGGAUAGGAGCUAUUCUGCUCAAUCUGCAGGCCAUAGACAGAGAAAACGACCCGAUCACGUACCGCAUUGUGAGUGGGGAUUCCCAGAAGGUCUUCAACCUCUCCGAAACGAUUGGCCUUCUACUUCUGGGAAAGCCUCUGGACAGAGAGACCACAGAUCAGUACCGUCUGAUUGUCACAGCCUCUGACGGCAACCCUGGAGGGACAUCCACUGCCACUGUGAACAUAGUCGUCACUGAUGUCAACGAUAACGAUCCUAAGUUUGACCUCACCGUACCUACUAACUUCACUGUCCAAGAAGAAGAGGCCAAUUUGUUUGUAGGACAAGUCAGGGCCACAGAUCCAGAUGCAGGGGCUAAUGGCGAGGUGCGCUACCGGAUUGUGAAUCAUCCGGACUUGUUUCUUAUCAGUGCUAACGGCAGCAUCUACACAAGAGUGCCCCUUGACCGGGAGCUUAGGGGCCAAUAUGACCUGGUGGUAGAGGCCUCAGAUGGGGCAGUGGAUCCACGGAGGACCACCUUGACCCUCUCUGUCCUGGUCACAGAUAUCAAUGACAACAGCCCAGUCUUCUCCCAGGAAACUUAUGUGGUGAAUGUACCUGAGAACAGCCCUGUGGGAACUCUGGUCCUGAAGCUAAGCGCGGUGGACUCAGACCUCUUCUCCAAUGUCACAUAUCGGAUCAAGACGGAAUCGGCCAGACAGCUGUUUUCUCUGAACCCUGUCACAGGGGAGUUAGCUGUGCUGCAGACCCUGGACUUUGAGGACCUGGCAGCUAUGGGCAUGGGGGCCUCUCACACUUUCCAGGUGGAAGCUGUCGACCAAGGUGGAAUCAUGCCCCCAGGGCAAGCUACCGUCACAGUCCACAUCACGGACAUGAAUGACUUCUCCCCUGUGUUUAGCCAAGACCUGUAUAUGGGCAUGGUGGCACCCAAUGCAGAGAAAGGAACAGUCAUCACAACUGUUUUUGCUGAGGACCAAGACCCUCCAGGUACUCCGGCUAGUUUUGUCCGCUAUAGAGUGGACGUGGACAGGUCACCGUACAGUGGGAGCAUCUUUGAUGUGGAAGAGGAAACUGGAAGAGUCAUCACUAAGGUCAACCUCAAUGAAGAGCCCAGUGUCACUUUCAAGUUGUUUGUGAUAGCCUAUGAUGAUGGGGAGCCAGUGAAGUCGAACAGUACUUUGGUGGAGAUCACUGUCCUCCAGCCUUCACGCAUCCCAAUCUUCACCCAAGAGGAGUACAGGUAUCCUCCAGUUAGUGAGUUGGCUCCAGUUGGCACACCAGUGGGGACUAUUCUAGCUGCUGCUGUCAAUCAAACCAUCUUCUACUCCAUUGUUGCAGGAAAUGAACGAGGUCAUUUUCAGGUGAACAACAGGACAGGCGUCAUCUCCACAGCUAAACCUCUGGAUUAUGAAAACGUGACCACCUACGUCCUCCGGGUCCAGGCAGACUCUAUGUUGGUUGUCAUGUCCAACCUGCGUGUGCCUUCUAAAACUAACACAGCCAAGGUGUUCAUUGACGUGCAGGAUGAGAAUGACCACCCUCCCGUCUUCUCCAGGAUGCUCUACAUAGGUGGCGUAACAGAGGACACCAAGAUCUUCAGCUCUGUGCUCAAGAUAGUGGCCACUGAUAAGGACACUGGGAAUUACAGUAAGAUGGCAUACCGCCUGAUUAUCCCACCCACACCAGAGGGCCAGGACAGCUUCGUCAUCGAGACCUACACAGGUAUCAUCAAAUCGGCCAUGAUGUUUCGAAACAUGCGCAGGUCCUACUUCAAGUUUCAAGUUAUUGCCACAGACAACUAUGGAAAAGGUCUCAGCAGCAGUUCCGAAGUGGUGGUUUCUGUGGUCAACGCGUUGGAUAUGCAAGUUGUUGUGUCCACUGUCCCACCCACCUUAGUGGAGGAGAAAAGGGAGGAGCUCAUUAGUAUUCUGGAGCGCCACGUCCAGGACCAGAUCCCGGGUGCCAAGGUGAUUGUCGAGUCCAUCGGGCCACGUCGUCAUGGCGAUGGCUUUGAGCUAGAGGACUACAGCAAGUCGGACCUGAUGGUGUACGCUAUUGACCCGCUCACGAACAGAGCCAUUGCGCCCAAGGAGCUCUUCAAAUUUCUGGAUGGGAAUGUGCUGGAAAUCAACAAGGAGUUCCAGCCACACCUGGGCGAGGGUGGCCGCAUCCUCGAGAUUCGCUCUCCAGACAUUGUGGCCAGUGUAAAGAAGGCGGCCCAGGCGGUGGGCUACACAGAGGGAGCUCUCCUGGCCCUGGCCAUCAUCAUCAUCCUCUGCUGCAUCCCCGCAAUUCUCAUUGUGAUGGUCACCUACAAACAGCGACAGGCAGAGUGUGCCAAAACUGCCAGGAUUCAGAUGGCUUUACCACCAGGAGGGAAAGCACCUCCAGCGGGUGCUCCCACUGCUAACCUCUAUGAAGAGCUGGGCGACAGCAGCAUCAGGCGAGGCUACGGCAGACAGCAACAGCAACUGCUGAGGCCAUCUCUUCUGAGACCUGAGGAACUCUCCAUGGAGUCAGGUAUCGAUCCAGGCCAGGACUACUACACGCAGGACUACUAUAAUUACGACCAAGGGUAUGACCUUCCUCAGUACGGCAGUCGGAGGAGGCUAAUUACUCCGAUGUAUGAUGAAUAUGGAGAGGUGAUCAUGGAGGAUGAUGGGUAUUACUACAGUCCUCAUGGCCCUGAGGGCCGAGGCAGAGGCAGGGGCCGUGGCGGCAUGCGGGGUGGAGGUACACCCAAGCGGGUUGCAUUUAGGGAUGUGCCGCCAGAGGAUGAAAUCGAACAAGCUGAGCCAGCAGCAGAGGGCGAGCCUUCUAAGGCUGCCAAGAAACUGAAGUCUGUCAUGAAACUCAGCAAACUCCUGGCAGCCAGCAAGGGAGGAGAACAGCCAUCUGAUGCUGGUCCUUCUGGCCAAUCUCCAUGGAAAAAAGCCAAGAUGUUCAAGAUGUUUGGUGCCGGGAAGAAGGACAAGGAUUACGCCAAACUGAUGUCAGCCCGCCGUAUUGACAGCCAGGAGAGUCUGACCGACGGACCAGCCCUUACGGGACCAAUCGACAGCAAGUCUGAUACCCGCAGCCGGCUUGGCAAAGUUUUGAAGAAAAUCAACUUAGGCAACAAGUUACAGAUCCGGAGGAAAUCACAGAGUAGUGUGAGUCGUGGCUCAGCCACAGGCAGCGAGAAAGACGAGGAGGCCUCACAAGCAGCCAGUGAGGAUGAUAAGAAGUCUAAAGUCUCUAUUAGUGUGACAGAAAGUGAGCCAGAAGCAGGUGCAAGUGGAAGCAGUAAGGAGAAAGGCUCUGAUGAGGAAUCUGAGAGAAGCAGUGUUGACAGAGAUUAUCUGAAAGUAGAUUUAGACCGGGAUGAUGCUAACGAGAGCACUGUGGACUCAGAGGAGGAGCCUGAUGAAGAGCUGGGCGAUUCUGAUGAGGAAGGCGUGUCCAAAUCUGAAGGGGAGGAAACUGAGAAGGAAUCUGUCAGUGAGAAAGAAUCGGGGACUGAAAGAGAAUCAGAGUCAGAGAAGUCAUCGGGUACAGUGAAAGAGUCAGAAACGGAGAAAGAGUCAGAGUCCGAAAAAGAGUCAGAUUCCGAGAAAGAAACAGAAUCAGGAACAGGGACAGGAACAGAGAAGGAAACAAGCACAGAAAAGGGUUCAGGAACAGAGAGAGACUCUGAUGAAGAGUCGGAGGAGGAAGAGGCCUCAGGGAGCACUCGAGAAAGUGCCUCUUCCGCCCGCUCUUCCAUGAGAUCAUCAGCUACUGAGGCCAGCAGGGAGAGCAGCGCUUCAGGCGUGAGUGGGAGUGGUAGUGGUAGUGGCAGUGGUAGUGGCAGUGGCAGUGGCAGUGGGAGUGGGAGUGGGAGUGGCAGUGGCAGUGGCAGUGGUAGUGGCAGUGGUAGUGGCAGUGGUAGUGGCAGUGGUAGUGGCAACGCUGCCUCUUUAUCUGGCUCAAGUGUUAGGUCAUCACAGAGAACCAAAUCAUCAGGAAGCGCAGUAACCUCAGAGAAGUCCAGUGAAGAACUCAGUGAGGCCGAGUCAGGGACAGGGACGGCAAGCGAGGCAGAGUCAGUGUCAGGAGGUGAAGGCUCUUCCUCUCGUGGGUCCAGCCAGAGGACAGCGUCUGGGUCAGAGUCUGGUGGAGGGCCUUCAUCUGGCAGUCAGAUGACAGACCAGAGUUCCCUGGGCAGCGUGGCGAGUUCAGCGGGUUCCCGGGCCACCAGUGGCAGUCGGAGUUCCCAAAAGUCCAUCCUGAGCCGUGGAUCUGAGGACACAAUCACAGAGGAGAGCGAAGAAGAGGAUGAGGAAGAACCAGCUGACGAGAGCAGCCAGUCAGCCAGUGAGCUCAGUGAUGAAGCAUCAUCUAAGAGGUCCAGUGUUGCAUCUGAAGACCCUGGGCCUUCUGCCCCCUACGCUAGUCCCCUGUACAGCUCUGAAGAGACAUACGGCGGACUGUCCCCUAUCACUGAGGUGGACGAGGAUGCCAUCUCCUCUGACAAAACUUCAGCCAGUGGCUCAAGAUCAGAUGCGUCAAAGGAGCCGGGAGACACAGAAGGUGCUGAUUCAGAGUCUGAGGGAAGCUCAACUGCCUUCUAGAGAGAUAUAUUGUCCACUGUGAACCUGGGAAAAAGAAGCGGAUUAAGUUGGUGGCAGAUCGGGAGAAUGAGACCAGCUCCACAGGAGAGGAGAGCACCACAGAGACCCAGCGGAACAGGC